AGCGAAUGUCUAAUUAGCCCCUAGAUGCAUCUACCAGGCAAUUAAUUACAUAGCAAUACCGACAAGGGGUGAAUUUAUGAGACUGUGGGCUCGGAUAUAAAACAGGGGUUUUCUUGCUAAAAAAGGAAAGCCUUUCUUGAAUGAUUGGUUGUUGGUAACCGAUUGAGAAAAUCAGCCUUUCUAAAGUCUGUUAAGAAACAAGAGGCUCUCUGCGGAAAAACUAUUCAGGAGGAAAUCUCUUGCCAAAUUUCCCUAUGUAAACAAAACCCAAACAUGGUAUAUGAAGAAGUUGUAGCAAAAGAGAAAUAUUAAUUACAAAAAACACUGCAGGUGCCAGUGACCAAUUUCUUGAGAAGACUAGAACCAAGGAGCCUCACAGUCAGGACUGCUGAUUUGUCUCUGGAGGAGGUAGGAUUUUACCCUCCCGGAGACAGGGAGAUGUCCUCUUGGGAUGCAUCCAUUCCGUUCUACUAACAAAGAGGCAGGGCCCGCCGCCCUCUGACGGCAGAGAAAACGGAGACUCGCUCCAGGAUGACAGAGGCCAGCACGGAAAUCACAGUCCCUACAGAGAACUUGGACGUGACGACAGAAUAUGACUACGAGGGCAUAACCCCGUGCCAGAAGGGGGAGGAGAGGGCCUUCGGGGCCCAGCUGCUGCCCCCCCUGUACUCGCUGGUGUUCGUCGUCGGCCUGGUGGGCAACGUCCUGGUGCUCUUGGUCCUGGUGCAGCACAAGAGGCUCAAGAGUAUGACCAGCAUCUACCUCCUCAACCUGGCCGUCUCUGACCUCCUUUUCCUCUUCACGCUGCCCUUUUGGAUCGACUACAAGCUGAAGGAUGACUGGAUUUUCAGCGACGGCACCUGCAAGCUGCUCUCGGGGCUUUAUUACAUAGGCUUGUACAGCGAGAUCUUUUUCAUCAUCCUGCUGACGGUGGACAGGUACCUGGCCAUCGUCCACGCCGUGUUCGCCCUGCGGGUGCGCACCGUCCUCUUCGGCGUCCUCAGCAGCGCCGCGGCCUGGAGCCUGGCCGUCUCGGCCUCCGUCCCGGGCUUCUACUUUUCCAAGACCCAGCGGGAGUUCUCCCAUAUCACCUGCAGCCUCCACUUCCCUCACGAAAACCUAAAAGCCUGGAAACGGUUCCAGGCUCUAAAGCUGAACACGUUGGGGCUGGUGUUGCCUCUGCUGGUCAUGAUCGUCUGCUACACGGAGAUCGUAAGGAUUCUGCUCAGGCGACCCAACGAGAAGAAGGCCAAAGCCGUCCGCCUGAUUUUCGUCAUCAUGAUCGUCUUCUUUCUCUUCUGGACCCCUUACAACCUGGCCAUGCUGGUCUCUGCCUUCCAAGACACCCUUUUCACCGACGAGUGUCGGCAGAGCAAACAGCUGGACGUGGCCAUGCAGGUGACGGAGGUGAUCGCCUACACGCACUGCUGCGUCAACCCCGUCAUCUACGCCUUCGUGGGAGAGAGGUUCCGCAGGUACCUGCGCCAGCUGUUCCACGGGGUCCUGGCCACGCGCCUGGCCAAAUGGCUCCCCUUCCUCUCCGCGGAGAGGCUGGAGAGGACCAGCUCGAUGUCGCCCUCCACGGCGGAGCAAGAACUCUCUGCGGGGUUCUGACUCGGGCCCCUGGGGGCCGAUGCGGGACCCAGCCGGGGUGACCUGCCAGGCGCGCCGACCCGAGCCCAGGCAGGUUGGGGCUCGUGGCCAGAUCCGGACACGUGACCACCACGGAAUGUGCAGCCACGUGGGGGUGAGCGAGUUUAAAGGCGGUGCGGGCUGAGUUCCCUCCGGGCCUUGAACCUUCUCCAAGAACUUCUCCCUGGUGGGAAGGAGACGAAUGAGCCAAAUGGGACAUUCCAGAAGACCGGACCGAGUUUACCUGUGAAGGCCUUGGGCCCAGACAGGAUUUCAGAUUCGUGAGCAUUAGCAUUUGUAAACAGAGCCCCUUGACCCCAGGCAGCCCCUGCCCCUGCUCCCACCACCAGUGAACUUGGAAGCAGUGAUUUCCGCUGCUGACUUCGCUCCGAGGGGAGAGCCAAUCAGCAGCCAGCAGCCCCUCCCCACCUUCCCCUCCCCUCCCCUCCCCCUCCUGACCGCUGCAGGGCUUAGGUGCUUGGAAACCCCGAGGAACAGAGAACUCAGGGUGGGACAGGCAGAGCCCUGGCGGGGAAAUAGGAUUGGGGAACUGCUGUUGACAGUAGAACUGAGAUCUCUGCCCCUCCCCUGCUCAGGCUCUGUUUCUCAAAAAUACUAAAUAAAUAAAAAAAAAUUGGGGGGCGCCUGGGUGGCGCAGUCGGUUAA